GGAAUGAGACUCCAGUGAUCCUAGCAUGUCUUUCAAGAAGGAAACUCCCUUAGCCAACGCUGCAUUUUGGGCAGCCAAAAAGGGGAACCUGGCUCUCCUGCAGCUGUUGCUGAACAGUGGUCGUGUAGAUGUUGACUGUAAAGAUAGCCAUGGAACCUCGGCUCUGAUGGUGGCCUCCUACAGUGGCCAUUAUGACUGCGUGAGGGAACUGAUCAUGCAAGGGGCAGACAUCAACCUGCAGAGGGAGACAGGUUCUACAGCCCUGUUCUUCGCAGCACAGCUGGGGCAUGAUGAGAUCAUCAAGCUCCUGUUUGAGUUUGGAGCUUCCACAGAAUAUCAGACCAAGGAUGGUGGCACGGCCCUAUGUGCUGCCUGCCAGAGUGGUCAUUCCAAAGUAGUGGAAACACUGCUCAAGAACGGAGCUAACAUCCAUGAUCAGCUCAGCGAUGGCGCAACUCCUCUGUUCUUAGCCUCUCAAGAAGGUCAUGUGACCAUCGUCCGUCAGCUGUUGUCAUCUGGAGCCAAAGUAAACCAGCCUCGGGAGGAUGGUACCACACCCCUGUGGAUAGCAGCCCAGAUGGGACACAGUGAAGUUGUGAAAGUUCUGCUACUACGUGGUGCAGACCGAGAGGCUGAGAGAAACGAUGGCUCUACUGCGCUUUUUAAAGCGGCACACAAUGGACACUGCAAUGUCAUAGAGGAGCUUCUGAAAUUCAGCCCAUCUCUUGGUCUUCUGAAGAAUGGUUCCACAGCUCUUCAUGCUGCAGUCAUGGGUGGAGAUCCAAAAACUGUGAUGCUUUUGCUAAAAGCGAAUGCUGAUCCUACUUUACGUAAUACGAAUAAUGACCUACCAGGGGACCUCACAAAGAACGAGCGCAUCCUGAGGUUUCUUCGGCCGCCUAUCUUAAAUGGACAAAGUUGAUGACUGUUCCUCUUGGCCCUUAGAGUUUUAUAGCGAUUUUGUUUUUUGUGGCCGGAGAAAAUGCACUACACGAAGCCAAAAUAGAAAGUACACUCAUAGCAUUUUGUAUUGGUGCUUGCUUCUAUUUACAAGAAAUUCAUAAUUGAGCAAAUAAUAAUAAUAAUAAUAAU